AACAUUGUUCAUGUUUUAAUACCACUGAGUUCAGACUAGGAGCCAUGCCUGAAUUAAGCUGCCCGUCCAUUUGCUUUUAAUGAACAGAACAGAGUCUGAGGGUUUUAUCACCAUGAAAAAGCUGUCCCAGACACAGCCAGGUAUAAAAAUAGACGAAGAGGCUGUUACCAUCUGCUGGACACCCGACACUGCUGAAAGCUUAGAUUUCUCCUUUUGCUUGAGAAGGGAGCACAUUACUAUGCCCAGCUCCCCUAACUAAAACUCCUAAGACUACUGGGACGUUAUUUGGAGAAUUUUUUGGUUGGUUGCCUGUGUAUUUUUCACAAUUAAGUAUCCAUAAGGAGUUGAUAUUGGAUAUUACAGACAUAAAAUUAAGAUAUACUGUAGAUGCUUAUUGGAUGCUCCUGUAAAUCUGGAGGAGCUGGAGACUGCUGUAGUAUCCCUUUCCAAAGGAAAAGCCCCUGGCCUAGAUGGCAUCCCUUGAAGUCUAUAAUCAGUAUGGUUUGAAUGAUAGCAAGCUGUCUGUGGGGCACUGAAACUACAUGAUAAUCUUAGAGGACCUCUCUGAAGACAACUUGUCAGGUGGUAUUCGGUGUGAGUUUGAGAACUGCUUUACAUAUUCCUGUCUACAUAUGGUAUGCACAUGCUUCGUUACAAGAAGCAAAAAAGACAUGCAGAUGGCCUUGCUGGAAGUGGUGUGGGUGUAAUGGAUGAUACAGACCAAGAAGUAAGCAGUUUUACAGAUCGAGCUUUUAGAAGUUUGUGUGUUGCUGAAGAAGAACCAUUCAAUGAUGUUCCUCACAUACCUUCCCCCAUUAAAGGAAUGCCACUUUCCACAAAAUACCACCUGGGCAUUUUCAACCUUUCCGUAAGGAAGACUCAGCCCUUGGCACAGCUACCCACUAUUUCACGACUGCGUGGAAAGUGGGCUCCAACAUUCCAACCACUGCUUAACUGUGCAAAGGAUGGAUUGAUAGUUGCCAAGACCAACACCAAUAAGCUGUGUGUUCCUCAGCCCACAGGAUAUAAACCAUGCUCCAAGGUGUCAUCUCUGAUAAAAAGUUUUGAUAAUAUUGAAAAUGAAAGGCCAGAACAAGAUGGAGUUUCCCCCUCUAAAUGUAUUCCAAGAGGUAAGAUGAAUAUGGAACAAAUAUCUUCAGAACACAGCGAACUGAACAAUGAAACUUUAGAAUCUAUCAAUCCAGAUGAUAUGAAUCUUCAUGAACAUCGUAAUUUACACAGGCGCACAGCCAGAGAAGUAUUUUUGGAGUCUCAGGAAGAAAUUUGUCCCAUGCCCACCGCAUCGCCAUGUUCUUCAGGCUCACCAUUACAAGAUCAAGCCAAAAAGUUGCCAAAUCAAAAGCAGUCCUUGAGAAAAACAACUUUUCUUCAUAGUGAAAAUAGUGCAUUUAAGUCAUGGGGUGAUAUCAAUAAAAAACACCAUGGGAGGCAUGAUACUGACGGUCCAGUCCCUGAAGCACCACCUAUUCUGAGAUCAGCAACACCAUGCUCUCCUUUACUUCAAAGAACAACACCUGGCGUAAGAGCAAGGGAUGCAGGAAUAGAGGUAGGAUGGGCCUCUCCUGCAUCAACACUCUCUAAUAACUUUGAUGCUAUUCCAAUUUUACGGACUGUUCCUCCACUUCCUAGCAAAAGGAUGACAAAGCAAAGCAGAGAAUCAAGUCACAGGGUUCCAAAGGUUCAUGCAGAUAAGAUCCAAGCGGAAGAUAUGAAAAUAGACUCAGGAUCUCAAUCACCUAAAGAGCAGCUCUGUGUUUUAGCCAAAUCUAACUCUCCUAAAAAAAUAAAUCAAUCAUUAAAUACAAAUCAGGAUAAAAAAACAGUGUCUGAAACCUCACAUCCCUUAUCAAAACAAAAUGAAGAAUCUCAAGAAAAAGUUGAUUUCUCAAAAGAGGACAAGAAAUCAGAAAUACCAGCCAAAGUAGAUGAAAUUAAACUAUCUAAUAAACCCAUGCCACCACCUGGAAGAAUAAAAACAUUAAUACAGCAAAUAGAAAAAGAGUCAGUUAAUGAUGUAGUUCCAUGUCAUUUAUCAGAGAAAAAACAAGGUUUAAAAGACUCAAAUGAGGUGUGUGUGGAGACUUUGCCAAGCACACCUCAUGCAAAACACCCAGACUCAAAUCAACAUUCAAACAGCAAUGCUCAUGUGCCCCCAUGGAGGAGAAUGAAUAUUCACAAGAUAGAAAUGGAAGAUAAGUUACUAAAUAAAUGUUUAAGUAUAAAAGAAUGUACUACAGGACAAUCUUACGAAAACAUGACAGCAAAUGAAGACGGUUCCUUGGAAGACAAGCCCAGUAUCUCAUCCUUUAAUAUUACAAAUCUUUUAACUCCUGUAAUAAUAAGAAAAAACAUACAAGAAGCUCUAAUAGAACAGCCAAUGGCAAUAACUCCUCCACCUGCUGAUACAAUGACACUUAAUGAUCAGGACCAAAGAGAAAUUAGCUUGUAUCGUAAGAGAAAUGAAUAUAAAUCCAAAGCCACAGGCCUACUAUUCAAUCUGAAAGACAUGAGAAAAAGAGUAAAAAGUACAUAUAAUCCAUCAACAAAUCUUUGUAAUGGUUAUGAAAAGAAUUACGUAGCAGAUGGCAAGCUACAAGAUGCUUCAGCUUAUGAUAAACAGGCAUCAGAAGUUGAAAAUGUUUGUAAUAAUGGAAAGGAAUAUGUACCAAGUUCAACGAAAGAAGAACAGGCUAAACAGGAUUUUUUUAGAAAUACUUCUGAUAACUAUUUAUGUUUGAACUCUCCAUCACACCAUGUAAUACCAUGUAAAGUAUUUGAAAAUGGAGAAAUUCCUACAGAAGGCACCCACACAGAUAAAAAUAUCCAUAAAGAAAAUAUGUCAUCUUCCCAUCUCAGUCCUAUUGAUCAUAGCCCUAAAAAACACAUAGAAGAUCCUAUACCAAAUUCUUAUCUUAAAGAAGAUAUAUGUAAAAACGUGGAACAAAUACAGGAUGCACCUACUGAACCAGUUUGGGGGCAAAAUGGAGAAGAAUUUCCUUUGCAAGAAGAAAAUAUUAAACCUGACAGCAAGCAAGAGGAGCCAUCCGAUACAGUUUCUAAUCAAACAAUUGUUUUCUCGGAACAAGAUGUGAAAAAUGCACACAGCUACACAAGGCAAUGUUUAGACUCCAAAGAGGAUGUAAAUCAGUGUUCAACUGAAAGUGAUGAAGGUGGAAAACAAAAGAUAAAAAAUGAUAGCCUAAAGGAUGAUUUACAGUAUUAUGCUGUUAGCAAUGGCAAUAUAGAGAGCAGCAGAGAGCAGCAUCAAAUACUAAAAGAAGAGACUGAAGUGAAAGUAGAAGUUAGCAAGCUAUUAGCAAGUGAUCAGCAAGGUGAAGAAAGUUCAAAUGCAGAAAGGAUUAAAAGACCAUCUAGCAUAAUUAAUUUCAAACCAAACUUAUUUCACAUAAAAGACAAUACAAUUAAAUCAUCACCUGUUACAAAACCAGUAAGGCCUCUAUUAAGAAGUCUUUCAGAAGACUGCCUAAUUUUCCACAAAUUAGAAGACUAUAGCUUUACAAUAAGUAAAGGAGAUCUUAGAGUAACAUUACCUAGUUCAUGGGAAGACAGGGAUUCCAAAAUAGACAUAAGUAAAACAAGAAAUAUGCCAGCAAAUAACGAUAAACUUUGGAAUCAUGUAGCUACACAUCCUGUAUUAGAGACUCCAGAUCACAACAGAGAAUAUAAACAAAUAAAAUCACAACAUGAAGAAAGAGAAAUUCAGGAGCUAUGGGAGAAGCCCUGCCGUAUGACUCCCGAUUGGAAAAAGAAAAAGGAGGAAACUGCAGAAUUAGUCAAAAUGAAUAAAAGCCCUGAUAUGAAUUCACCACUGCUUGAUGGACUAUUUUUUCAUCCAGUUGAAACCUGUGUCUCAGAGGUGACUGGGCUGUCACCUGAAUGCAACACCUUGCAUUUGCAACACGCAAGUGACUCCAUAAAGUUAAAUGGAGAACAUGCAAGCUCUCCACUUCUUGACAGUACAAAUACAAAUUAUUCUCCACUUGACAAUGGACUCCUACAGCUAGAAGAUGCUACUUCUUUUUCAGAAGACAUUGCCUGUUCAACUAUAACCAGCCCCAUGUCAGAAAGUAUUACUUGCUCUAUAGUAGCCAGUCCCAUGUCAUUUAAUACACAAAGCUCUGGUUUUACUACAGCUCUUUCUGCAUUCGAAGAUAUGCCAAGCCCACCUUUAACAAGUGCAAGCCCACCUUUAACAAGUGCAAACUCAAGAAAUGAAAAGCCUUACCUCCCAAUCAAUGAUGUGAUAAAUAUAGUCCCUACUCUCUCUAAUAAUUUGAAGAACAACACUAGUGAGUGCAUAAAACAACCACAGGAAAAAGCACCAAGCAUAGACUCUCUAAAUACAGCUCAUGCUGAUGCUGCAAAACCACCAACGGUUCCUCCAAAAACUGAGAAAGCUUUACGGCGUGCCAAACGCCUAACUAAAAAACACAGGAAAACUGAAAUCCCUCCAAAGAUACAGGAAGGGGAUUUUCAAGAGUCUGAUUUUGUACUGGAUGUUCCAUCUCCUGCCAGUAUCAUUUCACCUUCAAUUUCACGGCAAUCAGAUUUAAAUGUGGGAUCCUGCAUAUCACGUACACUACAGCAAGAGGAGUCAAUUUCUGAAGCCUCAACCCCAUCUCUUCCAAUUACUCAACGCAAACUUUUACAGGACCCUGAUUCUGGACAGUAUUUUGUGGUGGACAUUCCGGUCCAUUUCCGAAUUAAAACAUUUUUUGAUCCAGAAACUGGAAAAUACCUGCAAAUGUCCUUACCUCCAUCAGAAAGAUCAACUCCAGCACUGGGAAUGUCGAAUAGUCCAUUUAUGUUGUAUCAAGGCCUUGCCCCAGUACCAGCUACAUCCAUAUCAUCCCUAAAAAGAGCUCCACAUAUGUUAAAUGACAGUGGUUUGUACAUUGAAGGGAAGUCAGGAGCAUGGCAUGAAGAAGAAUCUGACUGCUUAAAAAUGCAGCAAUCCAUAGACUGUGAUUCAUGCGACCAGAGCAUGGCAGACACUCCACAAAGCAUGGACAGAAAUGCAGGCAGGACAAGGAGUCCAGAUAUUAUUACAAUGAGAGACAUAGAUGAUUUUGCAAUGGAAGCAAUCUCAUGAAUAUUGGGAUAAUCUAGAUGAGGCUAUGAUGCACACAUACACAUAUAAAAAGCCACAGAGCACUUGUAUGGACAAACGUGUAUGACCACUUUUGCUGUAUUUGUUAUUGCUUGGACUGAAUAAGUGCAAAAAACAUUUAACAAAAUGUAUUAUGUCAGGUAUUACACAUGGUUCUUGGGUUCUAGUAAUACAAAACAAUAUGGGGUAUUGAACUAGAGGAAAAUAUAUGUUGUGUAAAAUAGUAGGUUAUUUAAAGGGAGAAAUGUGUGUUGUGUAAUAUUAAUUCCUCAGGCAUUUAUUACAUUGCACAUUUCAUGUUAUUAGCAAUACAUAUUAGGCUGGGUUCACACCUAUUCGAAUCUGAUGCAGGUUUUCCCGCAUCUAAUUUGCAUAGCAGGAAAAUGUGACCGGCUCUCUAUGGAGCCAGUUCAUAUAUAUCUGGAGCAGCUUCAGGCAAAGAUUCGGCUUGGAUUCAUCACCUAAUGGAGAACAGGGAUGCACAGAGUUCCUGUGCGAUCCACGGCCAUUUCCAGUGUGAACCAAGCCUUAAAAUUAGACAGAGCAAUUACAUGAUAAUUCUAUGGUUAUAAUUGGCAGAGCAAUCCCAUUUUCACCAUAUAGAGGAGCAAUUAAAAUAGCAGAUAAGGUAAGCCUUGUAAA